ACACGAUUUUUGGAGCUAUACGUUUAAUGUGUAUCCAAUAAUCGUGAGCGACUAUGUCACGGUACGAAGAGAUCGGAGUUUGUGUUACUAUAUAAGACACGGGUGACCGCGAUUUUAUACUUUGGGAUUGAAAAGUGGUGGAAAUGCGACGUACGUUAGCUAUUGUGGUAAUCCUUGCGGUUGCAGCUCUCGUGGAAUGCAAACCAAAGGAAGCAAAGCGUGGUAUUCGGACUGCCAGUCAGAAGUUGCGGGCCUUCAUGUCGGGACUGCGUUCCCGCGCGGUGGCUGAUCCCGAGGAACGCACCGCACGCCGGCUGGAUGUGCUCUCGAAGCUAGGGUUUAGUGCUGAAGUGCUUCGUGACUUGAAAGCACUCCAGAUGUUCUCAAGGGCGGAUGAAGAUCCGUUCUGCGACCUCAAGGUCGACUGCAGUGUCGAUUCAAACAGAGCUUUCGUGGACGGUCAAGAGUACCGGACUCAGAGUGGACAGUGCAAUAACUUGGACAACUACGACUGGGGUUUAGCCGGAGUUCAGCAUAAACGACUGUUAACCAAUGCAUACGACAAUGGCAAAUGGAGCGCUAGGAGAAAAAGUGUCACCGGAACAAAUAGGAAUAUAGUCCUACUUCCGGGGGCCCGCAAAAUCAGCAACGCCGUGCACGCCACCGACUCAGACAAGCCUCUCGACAAAGCGUCCCUAUCCAGCGCGUUCAUCUACUUCCUACAGUUCAUCAGCCAUGACAUCACCAAAACACCGGAGGGGGAUGUUCCAACGAAUACAGACUGCUGCAACAGCACCAAUCCGUUCUGCCUGCCAAUCAGAGUGGAAGUGACUGACGACUUUUUCUCCGCCGGAGACUGCUAUGACGCCCAGAGAUCUUUCACGGUGCUAGACUGUGAUGACACGUCUGGUUUCCAAAACCAAAUCAACGACAUCACGGCGUAUAUAGAUGGAAGUAUGGUGUAUGGAUCGAGCGAUGCUGAACUCAAAGAGUUGCGUUCCUUCAUUGGCGGUUACCUUAAAACGUCCACUGCCAACUUCAUGCCGGAAGCUGAGGAUACAGAAGAUCUGGCCUGUGACAACGUCGAAGACCCCGACCUCUGCUUCCUCGCAGGUGACACACGCGCGGACGUGCACCCUGGACUGACCACGUUUCAUACCGUGUUCGUGCGCGAACAUAACCGCGUGGCGGCCUACCUGGGGGAGCUGAACGCCGACUGGAGCGACGAGAAGAUCUUCCAGGAGACCAGACGCAUCGUGGCGGCCGAGCUGCAGCGCAUCACAUUCAAUGAGAUGCUGCCCAAGGUCCUCGACAGCAGCUACGUGUCCAAGUACGGCCUGUCUGGUUCCUAUAGUUACAACAAAUCAGUGGACGCCAGCGUCAUCCAGGAAUUCACCUUCGGUUACAGGUUUCACAACCUGAUGCCCGCGGUGUUCCACAUGGCCGAGUUGGUUGGCUCGAGUGUUGGGAACACGGCCUCGCACGAGCAGGAAGAUGUGUGGCAGAGCCCUGGCUUCCUCCUCACGGACAACUACCGCGGCGUAGAUCAUGUCUUACUUGGACUUGUCGCCAACGGGUGUCCCUUUAUAAAUGGACUGAUGAAUGAUGCCAGCCGGAACUUCCUGUUUGUUGACGAGAACGGCGACAGCUUUGACCUCGCAUCAAUUAACAUCGAGCGCGGCCGCGAGUGGGGAACGCCUGCGUACUACCUCUACCGUCAGAUGUGCGGAGGGGUCACAAUCUCUGCAUGGACGGACCUGGCGAGCACGCACUCCGCUGACGUAAUCGCCGACUUACAGAGCGUCUAUGCUUCCCCUAAGGAUGUUGAUCUAUGGACGGGCCUCGUGACCGAGACUGCGGUAGGCACCUCCAUUGCCGGCCCCACGAUGUCCUGUCUCAUCGGUAUGCAGUUCGCCAACCUGCGCAACGGGGACCGGUUUUGGUACGAAACGAGCGACGCCGAUCUGAAAUUCACAACCGGUCAGCUGAGCGAGCUGAAGAAGGUCACCCUGGCUCGAGUCCUGUGUGACAACCUGGACGUGGCCACCAUGCCAAAGGAUGUGUUCUCCACCUCCGGCUCGUGGGUUGACUGCUCCACCAUCUCUGGAAUGGAUCUGAGCUUUUGGGCUGACUAGAAAUGGCAUGACUUCAUGUAAUCCGACCCUGAUCAAAUACACGCAUGGCCAUCUUUCCUGACAUCAUAUGCCUUUAGUUGUUGUACGAUUUUACCUAUUAGUUGAAUGUUGAUAUGUAAUAGCUCUAUUAAGUCCAUAUCAUAGCUUUUAUAUUGGUCACACUCUAUAAGUUAUGUGGUUCAAAAAUGAAAGUUUGACUGACCGCCUUUAAUGAUAAAAAAUGUAUUCGAACUUAUUUUUCACUUUCUUUUUGAUAUCUACGAUGUUGUCAAAUGUCUGCAAUAGCAAUUCUUCUAAAUAAAUCAAUUAACUUAACAAGUGAUGUGUAUACAUCUUCGUGUGUUUUUCAAUAAAUAGUUGAACAUUAUCGAAAUUAAUUUCAAUAUCAAAUAAUUGUACAUAUUAUGAGCCAAGUUAUAAUGGAAAUUCUGGUUUCUCAUUAAUAUAAAAGACAUCAAAUAAGUUAAAACUAAUGGUUCUUGAGAAAAAAGGUAAUAAAAGCUUGUCUUAUGUAAUUGUAAUGUAAUGUGAGUUGCUUGUAUUGUAAAUAUAAAUUAAAUAUUGUGCAAACAUACACAACUCUGUAAAUGACGUCAUUUUGGCAUUUUUAUAUAUAUUUGAGUUUUUCUUCAAACUAUACAUCUUUUUCUGUGUGUCUUACUAGUUUUAAGUGUUAAUUUAAAGUAAAUAAAGCUCUUCGAAAAUAA